AUGACUUAUAUUGAUAAGGUGCUAAGUAGAUUUGGCAUACAAAAUUGCGCACCAGGAGAUACACCAGUGGCAAAAGAUAUUGCAUACAUAGUGGGAAUGUUGGGGCGAUAUUUAAGUAAUCCGGGAAUAGAGCAUUGGAAAGCUGCAAAACAGGUUAUGAGAUAUCUUCAAAGAACUAAAGAUUACAUGCUCACUUAUCGGAGGUCGGAUCACUUAGAGAUCGUAGGGUAUUCCUAUUCAGAUUUUGCUGGAUGUCUUGAUAAUAGGAGUUCUACAUCAAGUUAUGUUUUCAUGAUGGCUGGUGGAGCGGUAUCUUGGAAAAGUGUGAAACAAACAUUAAUAGCUUCUUCUACAAUGGAAGUCGAAUUUAUGGCUUUCUAUGAAGCAUCAAAUUAG